GGUCCUUCGAGCUGGCAACACUGGCGACACACGUCAGCUGAGGAUACAAACACAAACAAAUCAUUCCUGUGAACAUAUUUUUCACCAUGAUUAAGGCUAUUUUAGUCUUCAACAACCAUGGAAAACCGAGAUUAUCCAAAUUUUAUCAGUAUUUCAAUGAAGAACUACAACAGCAGAUAAUUAAAGAAACUUUCCAAUUAGUUUCCAAGAGAGAUGACAAUGUCUGUAAUUUUUUGGAGGGAGGAAGCCUCAUUGGAGGGUCUGAUUACAAGUUGAUAUACCGACACUAUGCGACCUUAUACUUUGUCUUCUGUGUGGAUUCUUCGGAGAGUGAAUUGGGUAUCCUUGACCUGAUCCAGGUGUUUGUGGAGACUCUCGACAAAUGCUUUGAGAAUGUCUGUGAACUGGAUCUCAUCUUCCAUGUUGAUAAGGUACAUUACAUUCUGAAUGAGCUGGUGAUGGGUGGCAUGGUGCUGGAGACCAACAUGACAGAAAUCAUUACAAGAAUAGAUGACCAGAACAAGUUGGAGAAACAAGAGAGCCCUUAUAAUUCUGCGACCCCAGCAAACAUUAGAGCUGGACUAGCGGCAGCCCCAGCUCGUGCUGUGUCGGCGGUGAAAAACAUGAAUUUGCCACAGCAAAUCAAGGACAUCAAGUUGCCAGAUCUGCCUGCAGCUAUUAAGGAUUUGAAAUUCUGACCUAGAAUCCCAAGGACUAUGAAUGUUUUGUAUGUAAUGUAUGGUUAGGUGUUUUGUCUGUUUGUGUGUUCUUUUGUUUUUUUGUCUGUUGUAUAAAAAGGGAGACAUGUGUAUAAUAAAGGAGACAUAUGGAUAAACAAGUGUUAACUGCUUUAGAAAUACAGUAUUUAUUAUUAUUUUUUUUUAAAGGUGUAAUCAGAGUAGAACAUGAAUUAUAUUUUGAUUUCUCUUUUUGUUUUUCUUAAUUAAUAGCUACAUGUCUUAAAAUGUUUUUGUGUAUAAAACCAUCUUUUCAUUUAUAUAAUAGAAAUGAUAAAAAAUCGU